ACGGCAAGUCACCGUCGUACCUUCCAGAAACUUCUGCAUGUCCGGAGGCCAUCAUGAGAAAUGUUGCAGAUUUCUUAACGAGCGAACGACUGAUCGAACACGAGGCAUCGAAUCUGCAAAGCGUUGAAGCGAAGGCCUCGCGCGGAAUCAAUCACUGCGUUGCGUAAGUACGAGUAUUAAGUACUUGUCUGCGCAGGGAAGGCAGGCCCCUUGGAAAGGGUGUACAUCGACAUCGUCUUGAGCCGAUUCGAAAGAGCGAGCAGCAUGAAGCUGCUCAAUCAAAACGACGACUGAAGAGGCGAGGACGGGAGGGAUCGUUAAGUCGUCAUUCACAGAGUGGGAAGCAGGAAGAGCAGCAGCAGCAGCAGGCUGGAAUCUCCAGCAGAGAGCGCGUCCACGGAGCAGGUGCAGGCAGGCAGGCAGUCAGAGGCAGGCGCAGGUGCAGCAGAGAAGACGACUCCUCGCAAAAGGCUCAGAGACAGAGACGCAGACGCAGACGCCAACCACGGCCCUGCACUGUCCUGUACCGGUGGUGCUCAGGUACACCCGAGAGUACAGAUUACAAGGCAUGCAUCUUCACGUGCAGCCAGGUACCUUUAGUAUAUGAGAGUAGCGCUGCGUAGCCAAUGGCCGUGUCACCAGCCUCGCACUCCGAGUCACGCACCAGACAUACGGACAGGCGAAUCCAAUCCAAUCAUGUCCUUUUACACGAGGACCCGGCUUCUGCAGACGACGAUGAAGAAACUCGCCCCCCCUCCCCGCUGCCGUGGUCGAGUCGUUACGUCCUCGCCUCGGGCCCGAUCGGUGCAAGUGGCCUGAUCCUCCCGGACGCCAUCGAGUCGUCGACCUCCGUGCGUCCCCGUCCGCCCGAUCGAUCGAUCGAUCGUCCUCCAUGCCUUCCCCCGGUCGCCUCGCCACAUGCAGCCAUGAGCGAAUUGUGUCGCCCAGCAUUCUGCUUUUCUAACUGCUUCGCGCCGAUCUCUCUCUCUCUCUCUCUCUCUCUCUCGCUCGCGCGCGCGUACGAGCGCCGAUCGUCAUGCCUGCCAACUCUCGGAGCCUGGCGCUACGCGGUAGGCAAGGACUCGAUCGAGUCGAGUCGUCGUUGGUGGAUCGCGGUUGCCCGAGACGGCCCGUAAGCGAUCCCGAAAACCGCAACCUCUCGAGGCUGAGGC